AUGGAAAAGCUCGAGGUGACAAUUGCCUCUUCUUCCAGAUGUCGUCCACAUAAGGAGCGUGGCUCUCACCACCUCGUUGACAUAGAAUGUGACAUGGCUCUCCAGGUCAGAGUUGCUCCAAGAAAGAAAAGACUUGUUACCAACAACCAUGUGAAGAAGCCCAGGCUUUGGAGCUCACGCCUGUCUUCUCUGCAGGUUGUUUUGCAAAACCUUCUUAAAUGUGUCAUCCUCGUCUACACUGUGUACCACGUGGUUCUGAGCCUGGGCUGCAGGGCGCUCAGAGUGAUGUACAAAACCUUGGUGUGCAAAGUUAUGGAGUGCCUCCUCCAACCUGCAGGUGGCAGAGUCCCGUGUGUGUUUGUGUACAAGAGAGAAAACGAAGACAAGGCCAACAAGGCCGCCCGCCAAGCAGCGAGGGAAACUCACCGCUCACCUGAGGACCUGGGCCGCUGGCGGAGGCUCCCGUCCUGCACGGAGCAGGCAGAUGGCACCUCGGUCGCUGGGCGCCUGCAGCCUCUGCGAGGGGCCUGGCAAACGCUGUCCCCCGCCGCCGUCUGUGCCGGGAUCGCCGACAGCCCUGCUCUGGUCUUCCUUCACGACAGAGGACCCCUCCCGCAUGGCCACGUCUGCUUGUCGUCCGUGCCUCUGGGUGAAGACGGGCGGGAGCUGGGAAGGAUGGAGACAGGCUGCGGGGUCCCGGGCAGCCCGGAGUUUGCGCGGAGCAUCCAGUCCGGAGACCCGGCCUGUAACCCUCCGGAAGGGACGGCUCCAGAAUUCACGACUCCGCCGAAGGGCCUGCACUUGCACUUGCACGUGCAGGGGACGCCAUGCCUUUGGGACGCUGGUGGGAAGGCGGCUGCGCCCCGCAGGCCUCGCCCAGCUCGGCCGAGUCCCACCCCGCAGUGUCGGCCCGCGCUCUGCACCGCACUGUCCCAUGGCUUCUUCAGGAACGACUUCCUAGGAGUUGUGGGUUUCUUGGAAAGUUGAACAUGGAAGAGUGAAGAGGGAAAAACGGAAUUCUGUAAGUUUCUCGGGCCAGUCAGCUGCCUACCAGAGGAUCUGAGAGCUUCCCCGUUGGGGUGGGUGCCUCUGCGGCCGAAUCAGCUAGUGUUUGUGGAGCCCGUGGCUGUGACGAGCUUCCUUCCUCAGCUGCUUGGCCCCAAAGAGGUUGGGCCCCGAGAGACCCCUCGCCUGCUGGCACGGGCCCUGUUCCGUCGGGGUGGCCCCGGGCCGCUGCAGCUGCUAGAGGUGCAGGAGGAGCACGUGUGCACAGUAGGGCAGUCUCACCUGGAGGCCUACUGGGAGCACUGCUCUGCCCAGCAGCUGAGGAUAGUCCUCCCGCCACAGGUGUUCCUGGGCCUGCGUGACUCCAGCAGCUAUCUGGCAAUCACUGCUUCGCAGCCUGGCCUGCUGGUCUCCCUACUUGGACCAGUGGAGGUCGUGGGAGGACAGAGAACCAAAGUCUUCAGACACACUGCCCCAAGUUUUACAAAAACGAUUGACCAGAAGGUGAAAUGCUCUUGGUGUGUAGGUUCUUCAAGAAACCUUUCUUGCGAUUCCCCCACGCACCUCAUCUGCAGCCAGCACAGGCAGACCUCACCCGCCUUGGAGAACCGCUCUGGGGUAUUCCCUAAAGGUGAUUUUUCUGGCGACAGGCCCAUCAGCAACAAGAAGCAGGAACAGCAAGAUUCCUAGACCACUCCUUCCCAGGCAGGUGGGAAUAGUGAUCGGUUUUCUCAACCUCGGCCAUUUCCCAUGAAUGGACUUUCAGAUGUGAAAAAUAUCUCAGGAGACAGUGAAAACCUCCUGCCAAGUCCCCAAGCAUCUGAGGAGUAGCCCGACUGGAGCAAUCCUGGGGAGCCUGAAAGUAGAACUGUCAGCACCCAGGUGAGGCCUCCAGAGCCCGGGACUGCCAGGUCCUCGCUCACGGACUUGAAGGUAGUUGAGAUGUGGGAUGACCUUAAGCACAGCAGCCUCAGCGAUGCAGGGAGCCCUGGAGGUGGAUCACUGGGGGAGCACGAAGCCAUUCCCACUUCUCUUCUGCUCAUCAAGCCAAUCCCAAAAGAAAAGACCAGUCCUAUCCCAGCCCAGGCCCAGCCCCCCCCGAAAGUAUCAUCAUGACUUGGUUUAGGAGAGGAGUUCACCAUUCAAGUGAAAAAGAAGCCAGCGCAGGACCCUGAGUUGGCCUGGUUUGCUGACAAACCUGAAAUGAAGCCUUCAGGUGCUGUUCUUGUUCUACCUGAACGGAGGACAGAAAUAGUGAUCCCCAACAAGAAUAGUAUCUCACCAGGGAUGCAGUUUUCCUCAAAAUUUGCUGCAGCAGAAAUGACUGAGGCGGAGUGAGGCUGGGGAGAUGCUGGGGAGCUGAACUAGAGAGACAGCAGCUGGUGA